CGUAAACGGUGAUCAGGGAUCGCGUGGCAGUUGUUGCGGUUGAAUUCGAAGUCAUCUUUUGACAACACACUCAUCUUUCGCCGCGAUGGCGGGCACAGGAAAACUACGCCAACGAGUCCCAGUCUCCGGGCGCGCGAACUUCGAAUAUGACCGUAUACAAGAAGAGGAACAUACUGACGACGUUUACCAAAACCCAAACAAUCGUCACCCUAUUGAGAAAAUACUGGAAACAGACAAAGCUAGCGUCGUUGUCGUCGCUGUGCUGACCGCAUUAGCAUUCGCGCUGCGGUUUUACAAGAUUAACCACCCUGACCAAGUUGUAUUUGACGAGGUCCACUUUGGAAAAUUCGCAUCAUAUUAUAUACUCGGAGAAUAUUAUUUCGACGUACAUCCUCCUUUUGCCAAACUUCUUUUCGGACUCGCUGGCUGGUUUUCCGGAUUCGAUGGACACUUCCAGUUUGAAAACAUCGGGGACAGUUAUACCCAAAACCACGUUCCUUAUGUCGGGAUGCGCGCCCUCCCUGCUAUCCUUGGUAGCCUUACAGUCCCGGUCGUCUAUGCUAUCAUGAAGCAGAGCGGUUAUUCCACAGUAAUCGCAGCGUUUUCUGCAGCAAUCAUUCUGUUUGACAACGCGCAUAUCGCACAGUCUCGUCUUAUUCUGCUAGAUGCCACUCUGAUAUUCUUCAUGUCUCUCACUAUCUAUGCUUAUGUCCGAUUCCAGAAGCUACGUUAUAGGGAGUUUACCAGUGAAUGGUUUGGCUGGCUCUUCGCAACCGGUAUCUUCAUGGCUUGUACAUGGGGUUCCAAAGUCAAUGGUGUACUCACCGUAGCUACUGUGGGAGUUGCAGUGCUUAUUGAUCUCUGGGGUAUUUUGGACUACAAGAAAUCCCCAUCGAUGGACUAUUUCUGGAAGCAUUUCGCAGCUAGGGCUAUCGGUCUUAUAGUGGUCCCUUUCAUCAUAUAUCUCUCAUUCUUCUGGGUUCACUUUGCUCUCCUUCCAACUUCGGGCACGGGUGAUAGUUUUAUGAGUCCGGCCUUCCAGGAAACCCUUGCUGGAAAUGAGAUGUUAUUAAGUGCACAAGAAAUUCGAUAUUACGAUACUGUGACCAUCAGACAUAAGGAUACCAAGGUCUACUUGCACUCACACGUAGAACGUUAUCCCCUCAAGUAUGACGACGGACGUAUCAGUAGCCAGGGCCAACAAGUGACUGGGUAUGGUCACGCCGACGAAAAUAAUAACUGGCAGAUUAUCCCUACGAAAGCUCUUCCUGAAACUGGCCGUGGCCGCAUUGUCCGUCACAACGACAUGAUCCAACUUCUCCACGUCAACACUGACACUGUUCUUCUUACCCACGACGUUGCAUCACCCUUGAUGCCCACCAAUCAGGAAUUUACUACCUGGCCCAGAGACGACACUUCGCGGUUUAAUGAGACCUUAUUCCAACUGUCGCUUACCGACGCACAUGACGGAGAGGCAUGGAAAAGCAAAUCAGGAUACUUUAGGCUUAUCCAUGGGCAAACAAGAGUGUCAAUGUGGACGCAUACCAAACAGCUUCCGGAAUGGGCUUUCAGGCAACAGGAAAUCAAUGGAAAUAAGAACCCUAGUGAGAAAACUGCGACAUGGUUUGUUGAAGAUAUUGUCGCUGAUGAAACUGGAGAGGACCCCAAGGAACGUACUGGCCAUCAGCCUCCGAAGGUUCCCAAGAAGAUGAACUUCUUCAGGAAGUUCGGGGAAUUACAAUUGCUUAUGCUGCAACACAAUGCUGGCCUGACAGCAUCACAUCCUUAUGCCAGCGGACCUCUCAACUGGCCCUUCCUCAUUGCGGGAAUCAGUUUCUGGACUGAGAAUGAUCCACAAAAGCAAAUAUACCUCAUCGGGAACCUUGUCGGAUGGUGGACUUGUGUUGUCGCCUUGUCAAUCUAUGUCGGGAUCCUUGGAGCAGACCUGUUAGCUCGAAGAAGAAAUAAUGAUCCUAUCCCCGAACCUGUCCGUAACCGUCUAUGGAACUCUACUGGUUUCUUCUUCGUCGUUUGGGCCGUGCAUUAUGCUCCAUUCUUUUUGAUGAAUAGGCAACUGUUCAUUCACCAUUACCUUGCAUCGCAUCUCGCAUCUGCUCUCAUCGCUGGAGCUGUUCUUCAGUUUAUUCUUUCCGAGACCAUUAAUUACCCCAUAUCUGUUGAAGCGCCAACGAUGAGACGUCACAAACGACAAUACGUCGACAUUGGCCUCAAGGGACCCAUCAUCUUUGCCCUCUUCUGCAUAGCAAUGUUUUCAAUGUUCGUUUUCCUUGCUCCGCUAACUUAUGGAACACCAGGAUUGACUGGUGACCAAGUCAAUGGGAAGAGACUGUUGUCAUCUUGGACGCUGCAUUUUGCAGCUAAAAAGACCGCUGAGGUUGUACCGUAGUGAGAGCGUAGUUUUGAAUGUUCUCGGUCAAAUGUAUAUAUGGAACGAGUAGAUCAUGUUUCUUUCGUGACUGAUUAAUCAUUCGUGAGGUGGUAUGGCUCGUAGCAUAAGGCCUGCUUUCGAUAGCUG